GUCAACUAUGCCUGUAAAUGGCUGGAGCAAAUCGGAUCACAAUUCUCCCGCCUGAAGAAAGUCAUUAUCGAUACAAAUACGAUGUGCACGCACCCCAAUUGCUCGUGUGGCGAAAGGAUCGAACUUUUGCCUCUAUUACGCCUGAUAUGGAAGAACCCAGAUCUCCUCAAGAUCAUUUCGUUCGGAGAUGCUAGCAAAAUACCGGAUACCCCAGAUGUUGUAAACGAAGCGGUUGACAGGGGUAGAGGGUGGAACGAUAAAGCGCAUAUGCUCAACAACAUGCUUACUGCUCUCGCGGUAGAAGACGUCCUCGACAUACGCAAAUACUCGUUCUCCAAUCGCCUCAUGAGUGCGGUCUCGAUAAUCACACGUCCGGAAGAGCAAGAGGAAGAGAACAGCUACGUGAGUAUGUGGAACGGGAGCGAGGAAGAUCGUGAGGAGUUCCUCACGUCAGAUGAAGGCAAACCUCUUCAAUGGAAGCCGUGGGAGCCGUAUGAAGGGCGCUACCAUUUUGGACACUUACCAACGGACAUACGAGAACGAAUAGCAGGGCUCUUACUACGCCAACCAGAUGGAGUCACAAUUGACUUGGAAUCACACACGAUACAUGGUCUCGACUUCGAUAUUGCUCGGACAGGUCUAGUCCACGUGCGCAACGCAGGAAUAGUUGCAUCACGUGUGAACCGGAUCAGUGUAAAUAUGACCAGCAACAAGACCAUUACAGAUUUCGACGGAUUCCAGAAGCUUAUGAGCCUCUAUCACAACAGGCGCCAUCAUCCCGAGGUCUUAGAUGAGAUGUUAGGUCACUGGGAAGAGCCCACUCCACAGACCAUCGUACUGGAAAUCGCGCCCGCCAAGAUAGACAUCCUCGGCGCUAUUCGUAUCAACAUUAAAGUCUUGAUACUCGUACUCCUCAGUCGAAAACUCCAUCCUGCCUCCACCAUCCGCAUAACACUUACCCUACCUCCUGACACAGGAGCAUCGCAACAAACCACUACCAUCUUAACGGAAAAGCUACAACAACAAGUAUUUAUCCUCCUAUCCGAAUUCAUGGUUGAGAAAUUGCAAGGCUUGCCUGAACUUCCCGAUCCCACUACCGAGAAAGCUCUUCUCGAACUCAACACCCCUGAUCUCUGGAUCGACGGCCACGGCAACCUUCUCACCAUCUCGACUCUCGAUAUGGGUGCUCCGAUAGAAGUUAGAGUCGGAAAGCUCGGCAGGAAAGAGCUGCGCGUUUUGGGGUACAGCAGAGCUACUACUAUGGACUGGAUGGCCAAGCCGCUGAGCGAGGCACUCCAGGCGCAUGACUACACUUCUACAUGGAGAGGGGCUGAGUUGGUCUGUCUGUGGAAUAAUCUGAGGAAGAAACUAUAUGACGAUUGGAACUUUAGGCAGCCGCCGCCGGGGUUAAUAGAGUCGACGCGACUGCAGUAA